UGAAACGUAAACAAUCAAAAAUUUUAUGCCGAUAUUUGUUUUGUUAAAUAUAUUCGGCCCACAAUCGUAACAAAAUCCACAGCAUGUAAAUUCAAGUAAAUCGCCGGCGACGCAGUAAAUGAAGAGUUCCAUUUGAGUCAGCAGACAGCAGAGCACGGGAAUCGAGGCCAGAGCCUGCGGAUCGCCACACCAUGUUCAAACUGGAGUCCUACAUCACUCCAAUUCUUCUGAGCUACGUGGCCAAGUACGUGAAAAACUUUCGCGAUGAGGAUGCCCAGGUUUCGCUGUGGGAGGGCGAGGUCAGUUUCCAGAAUCUGGACCUGCGCCUGGAGGUGCUCGAGGAGGAGCUCAAUCUGCCGGUGGAACUGGUCUCUGGGCACAUCCACGAGCUGAGCAUCCAGGUGCCGUGGACAAAGCUCAUGUCCGAGCCGGUGAAGAUCGUCAUAAACACCAUUGAGUUCGUGGCCAAGUUGCCGGACAGCGAGAGCAAGCAGCGCCGGGCCUCCUUUCAGCGGGAGCAGCGCCGGAAAUCCAAGCGGGAGUCGGUGGAGCAGCCGGAUCAGCAGCCCAAGAGUCCCGCAGCGGGCAGCUCCUCUAGUGUGGUCAACAAGAUCAUAAACAACAUCAGCCUGCAGUGCCACAACAUCAUCUUGAAGUACGUGGAGGACGACAUUGUGGUCUCCAUGAAUGUGCAGACCCUGAACUUUAGUUCGGCCGGUGAGGACUGGAAGCCCACCAUGGUGGACAUUCAUCCGGUGUCCGUGGUCAUGCGCAAGCUGCUGCAGGUCUCCGAUCUGACCAUCUGCCUGGACAAGCGGAAUACCGCCGGCCGGAUUGAGGUGUGCCAGGAGCCGGUGCUCUAUCGUUGCACCCUGGAGUGCCGAGUGCUCCGCAAAUACAACGCCAAUACGGUGAGCACCACGAGCACCACACGCAUCGGAGUCUUUACCAAGGCUCUGGACAUAAAUGUGUCAUCUCUGCAAUUCCCCAUGGUGAUGCGAUUGGUCAAAAUGCUGCUCGAACUGAAGCCAACCGAACUGGAGGAGGAUCCUCAGAAUCCGGAAGACCAGGAGGCAGUGGCCGAGGGAAACGACGGAGAGCAGAGUGCGGAGCCCGCUGGUCAGAGCAUGUUUUGGUGGGCCUGGAACCUGCUGCCCAGUUUCGACAAUGAGGCGGCUUCUUCCUCCUGCGACGCUCCUACUGGCCACGCCUUCGAUAUGGGCAUUUACGCCGAGGAGCUGAAUUUCCAGUUUAAGAACUCGGAGUACUUCACCGAUCAGAGCAUGGGCGGCAUCAAGCGAAUACGGUAUACGCCAAUCCUGCGGAUCAGUUUGGGCGGACUCUAUUACGAACGGACUCAGUUGAAGGAGUGCGACUGGGCCAAUGUCAAGGCCGGCCUCUCCAGCAUUUGCAUGGAACCGUUGGGCGUUUACCGAAGCGAGGAUCCCGUUGACCGUAACCUGAUCCAUACCCAGGAAUUUUCAGAUGAGCGCUCAUUCAUCGACAAGAGUCUGUUCGACGAGAACUACAUGUUCGCCGAUCGCUCCUGGUGCAGCUACAACUACGAGGACUACGUGGCCAGGAACACGGAUGAGUACAUGCUGUUCCGCAGCCCUGUGCUGGCAUUCGACAUAAUCGAGUACCGGGUGCCGAAGCCAAGCAGCCAUCCCGCGGCGGAUGGCCAGCUCAGGGACCUAGGACUUCGGAUCCAGUAUCGCUUACUGUCCGCCGGAAUCACCUUCCACUUUUCGCAGUCCUUUGUGCAGGUUAAAAAUGUAAUUAGCGAUUUAAUCCGUCCUUACGAUUACCCGGGAUAUCAUUCAGAAUCGGUGAAUAAUGAGGCCGGAACAGGCAGUGUCCCCGAGCAGGAGAACAAGAAUGCCGAUAUGACCAUACCGGAUUUGGAGUAUCUGAUGGGGCUGGUGCCCACCUGCAACUACAAAAUCGAACUCCGUAACUUAGUGCUUCAGUUGUAUCCCCGUCAGCAGCAGGAGGCGGCUUCUGCGAUGAAUCACCACCAACUGACGACCACGGUGAAGCAAUCCCUGUUGCCAUAUCUUCAGCUGAAGAUUUCCCUAGUCGAGGGCACAAUGUGUGGCCCAGUGAACCCGCUUCGUCUGGUUCAACUGAUUAGCCAUCUUGAGGAGAAACCCCGGGAGGUGGUCAAUGCCUGCUACAACUGCUAUAACUUUAAUGUGAAAAACUUAACGCUGAUGAUCCUGAAUACCACUCCGGACGGUGACAGGGCCAGGCUUUUAAACAUUCCACGCAUGCAGGUGAACUGGAACCGCCUGCUUGCACCUCAACUCUGGCGCCAAAAUGAAGCUGCCCUAGAGACGGCAGAAAUCAAAUCGGAGAUCAUAACUUUAGAGUUCUCUAAGCGGGAGCUUAUACUGACCAAGCGCUUAAUCCCCUUAAUCACAAGCUUUAACGGCUCAGAGCUCUGCGAUCUGGCCCACAUUGUGGCCCAUGCCAACGCCCAUUCGGAUGUCAUCAAGCUGCAGAGCUUGGGCACCAAACUAAGCUUGAGUUACCACAAGUAUCACACGCAUUUGGCUGCCGUGGGCUCUCUUCAAGGUAUCCAAACCGAUGCCGUCCACACCAAGAUGAAUGCCCGGAAUGUGAUUCUAUCCACUUCCAAGAAUGCAAACAACAAGUGGCUGGAGGUGCAGCUACAGCUUCCUCUGGAGGAGGCCAAUACAAAGCAGGAAAAGAUGCCGGGAACAGUGUUGUGCCUUUGGCUGGACCCAUUCCGCAUCACUACGGACAUCUACUUACUGCAGUUUCUCAACUUUUCGGAUCACAGUGUCAAGCAAAAAGCAAAAGAGAAGGAAGUAGAAACGGAUUCAGAGUCUGUUUUGCAGUCGGAACCACCUGUAACACAAUCAGUAUCGAAUUAUUCCACAAUGUCUGCCUCAGCAAUGGCCUUGAAUGAUCUUCAGCCUCGUCGAAUCAGCAGGAACGCAAGUCGAAAGAUCUCUGUUCCCGAGGAGACAGUGCAUCUGAGUUCGGAAAGGGAUGAGAGGCACACCCAGGCAGAGCCUGUUAGUAUACCCGUCAUCAGUAAACCGCAGCCAAGUACCUUCGAUUCUAUGGAUCUAGUCAAGCGACUUACCAACAUGGUGGUGCUGGUUGAAAUCGCCCAGGCCAAGAUUGACGUGUGUGAAGUAAUGAUGAGAAAAACGCCUGCCGAGACGGAUGUGGAGUAUACCUCUAUUCGGCUGCCACACGUAAAAGUAAAAUCGGGCAACAGCGAGGCCGUUCAGCGUGGAAACAUCCGAGCUGUAGUUUCGGUGGCCAGCAAAGCAGAGUUAUUUAACUGGGUCUUCGACCUAAGCGAAUUCAAUGUGUGCUACCGCAGAGCAAGUGUCACCGAGAUGAUUGUGGCACCAGUAAGGACUACAAUAACUUUAGCCCUGUCUCACAAGACAUCCGAAAAAAGCGAGACGAGAAAAGUCGAGGGAAAAUCUGACCAAGAGAAGAAGGCCGAACAAAACACCUACUCCAUAAAUGUGCAUGUGGAUAUGUCGGAGAUCAAUAUAUUUGCCCAGCGGGUGAAAUUAUUGCAUGAACACUGCAUGAUUAUUUCCAAGAUGAAGAGCUCGCUUUGCCCUGACGAACCUCCAUCUAAGUGGCAGGUAGCAAAAACAGCUCCUAGACUGGAAGUUUACACUGGCAGUGCACAAACCUACCCGGUGAUAAAAGAGUUCUUGGAGCUGGAUCCCAACUUUGAAGCACCUCAAGUAAAAAGUGCUCCCAAUAGUACGAUUCUAUUCUUCUGCCAAUGGACUAUUCCCAGAAUAUGUUUUGAAAUGGAAAACUCCAACGACUCCCAGCACAGUAAAAUCGUUUUGAUUCUGGAGGAUCUACUCCUGAAUAUUGAUAGGCAAAAUGACUUUACCAAGAUUACCACCAAAAUCGAAAACUUUGGGCUCAACUAUUAUGAGAAAAAGCAUGAAUGGGAAAAGAUAGAAGACUUUCACAUCAAAAUGCUGGGCGAUAGCACGAACUUGCCAUUGAUCAGUGUGGUGAUAACGACAGUGAGCCUUCAAGAUCUCUAUGCGAAAAUUGGGGCGAGAAACCCGCAUAACAAGCAGCACACCAUCUCUGAGGUCCUGAUCGAAGUGCAGCCGAUCGAAAUGGUGCUGGACUUGGACCAAAUAACUGCGUUUAUGGUUCCAAUUUGCGAGGUCCUUGAAAUUAUGGGAAGUUCUGACUCAAAGCAGCCAGCAAGCACGGCCUGUUCACCUGUUGCCAGCCAGGUAACAACGGUUCGAGACCUGCCAAUGGUGCAUUUAAACAGCAAGGGCAUCUAUGUGUACCUUCCAUUGUCCACAAACAGGAAGAGUUGCAGUGUGUUACUAUUAAGGAUUGAGAGCAUACAACUAACUCCUAGUCUGGAAAAUCCGCUAGUUCGGCAGCUCGUGCGCCCAGAUAUCUACCAAAAAGCCGCAGAGCUGAACAUGCUUAAUACCCCGGGAGCUCUGGUAGAAGAUCGUCAGUAUGAGCUGAGUGUAAGAAAGCUAUCAUUAUCCACCGGAAACUGGAAACAAACCCAGAAGUACCGCAUUGAAAAGAGCUUGGCCAGCAAACAUGACAACCCCGCCUUCGAGUGGAACAACCAAAGUCAAUCCACCGAACUGGAUCACAUGGAGAUAUUUAAGGACUUCGACUUCAUAAUGAUUUAUGCACCGGCCAUAAGCUACGAUCGAUUUCUAGUCUGUGGACAAAGUGUGGAGUAUAAUUGCGCAACCGAUUUUGUGGCUUCUCUGAACACUCACCAAAUCAGCUUGAUCAGCUGCAUUAUAGUACGUUUACAGCGGCUUAAUUGUAUAAUCGAUCAGGUCUGUGUGAAUAAUGCAGCGAUGCCCAAAACGAGAUCACACAAAACACUUGGCGAAGUGUCCACAUUCAACAGCGCAGACAACUCGGUGUAUUUUUUACCGGAUACGAAACCACUUAAAACUGGACAAAAACCUUCUAAACAGCUGCCAAAUGCCAAGCAAAAUUACCCGAAUCUAAAUUCAAGUUUUGUGGAUGCAAGAGCCAGCAGUGAUAUAUUUUACGGAUCGUGCCAAAGCGAUUCCGGAAUUCACUUGGGCAGCCGGGUGAAAGGAAAUCGCCAAUCGAGUGGCUUGAGUUAUCCCCAGAGCGUAUCCUUUGUGGCUGGAACAUUCGUGCUAAGGAUCUACGAUGUGUUGGCCCUAGAGGAGCUGGAAAGACCGGUCAUGAAACCACUUUUUUUGGUGACUAUAUCCCAGCCCAGCUUUAUGUCCACCCAGAAUCUAAAGGCUUCGGUAACCCAAGCCUCGAUUUUUAAUGUUAACAUAGGCGUAGCCACUGCCGAUUCGGAAGGAAAAGAGGAUUUGGAACAAUUUAACGAGUCCGUUUUUGACACACUUCCUGGUCAACUUGGCAGCUCUGGAAUUCCUCCUCCUUUGCUCACGAUCAAGACCCAGUACGAUCGUCUCAAUCAAAAGGAAGUCGAUGUGGAAUUACGUAAACCCAUUCUGCUGAGAAUGUGUGAGGCUAGCAUCAAGCAUCUGGCCAGCGAUGUCAUCCGUGUGUACUCCGUUCUCCACGAGACUCCCUGCUUUGCCGUGCGCAGCCAGCGCCCUGUACCCGAAGGAUCUCAACUCCACCAGAUGAAGUCGAACUGCUACAAUGCGGAUCGGUUGCACUUAUCCUGUGAUCGCAUCACUAUAAAGUUCUACGAUGAGGUGCGGACCUACAAAUGCAGUUUCGUUUGCCUCGAUCUCAGCACUCGCAUCAAGUUCAGCACUCGUCCUCAGAAGGCCGUCAUUAGAUCCACUCUGGGAUCCGUGUAUGUGCAGUCCGGCGGAAAGAUGCUGCUGCAUCCUUUGCUGAUGCGUUUGUCGGCAGAUUUGGUUAGUGAGCCAUGGUGCGAUGAGCUGCUGAUCAAUGCCACACUCAAGCUCAAUUUCCUGCACAUCGAUGCGGGUGUUCUUAGCAUACUGCAAUUGCAAAAGGCCCGUGAUGGAAUGAACCGGAUACGCGAAUACGCUGAUCAGGAGUGGCAGCAGUUUCUGCACCGCCGUCCCGUUUUGGGCACCCCCGAAGAGGUCUCACCCUGCGACCUGAUCAAGUGCACGCCAUCAAACGAGUCCAUAGAGCGGCUAAAACGCCCCCUGAAGUCGAAUGCGGAGUUCUACCAGGAUGACCUCAGAGCGGGCGCCUUUCAGUUUGUGUAUCUUAACUCGGAGUCCGUACUGCCAAUGCCCUACCAGGUGCAAAUCAUCAAGAAAAACUAUGGCAUCAUAUGCUGGCGAUAUCCGCAACCGCGCCAAAUGACCAGCAUACUCAUCUAUCCAGUGCCCAUGGCAGUAAGCAGCCCCAUACAUAUCAGGUGUCGCAUGGAGUACUUCAGCGAGACCCAUGAAACAUUCCUGCAUUACUGCGAUUUCCUGCUUUCGGAGACCUCCACCAAACAACUGACGCCCCCAGAUCGUCCUAUAUGUGCCACUAUCUGGAGGGUGGUUAUACUGCAAUCGCUGAUCUCUGUGAAUGGGGCUUGCUUUGAGGGAAGUGAGGAUGAAGAUCUAUCGAUCGAGUACAUCCAAGCGGACUUUAAAGUGGAUGAAAAUAACGAUUUCAUAUUGCAUCCCAAAGUUCUGGUGGGUUGUAUGCGCAUCGACACAGUAUUCCGGGCGGAAAGAGUGCCCAAGCUGCAGUUGUUGCUCUGCUGCCAGGACAUCGAGCUGAACUUCCUGAACCAGCCGGAGAGCUCUGGAGAGCUGCCACAACAGCUUAAGAAGUACAACCUCAAGCAGACCAGUAACAUCAGCCAAACUUUUCUCACACUGCAUGUGGAGGACCUGCAAAUGCACUCGACUAUUUAUUCCCGGAAGGAUUUUAGUUUGCAGACCGAACUGCGCACUCGGGUAAAGUGCUUGGACUAUGGCUUCCUAAAUAUGCUGGAUAUCGUGGAGCCAAUGAAAUUCACAAGCUAUGUAAGACUGACCGAUUGCCCGCGCUCUUCGGUGCAGGCCAAUUUCCUGGUGGACAAGCUUCGGCUCAACUGCGGACCCUAUGUGAUUCACACAUUGCUGAGUUCCAAACACCACUGGCAGGAGGUUUUGCAGCAGAGGGAGAUGCGACACGCCCUAAUGCCCAAAUGCGUUAUAGUUAACCGGAUACAGGCACCCAUAAGCUUCGGUCAAACCGGCACAGUUGAGAAAGUCUCUGUGGCCCCUGGCGAAAUGCAGCUCUAUCACUUCCGAAGCUGUCAUCACAAGCAAGAACUUACGUUCUUCAUCACGAAUCCUGAGACCCGUCUGGUUGAGACGAGUGAUUCGGUGCACAUAGCCCUGAAGUUCGAGGACGACCAGAAGGUUUAUCACCUGCGCGUGGGAGAAUUCUGUAUUACUCUCAAGCUGGGCAAACUUUCCGCCACUCAGAUUUAUAUUCUCGUCAAGGGACAAAUAGAACUGAUUAGCAUGGUACCUUUCAAUAUGAUCACAGAGUUUCGGGAGGAGGAUAAAAGCUACGACGACAACAAUGCGCCGGAACAUCUCCUGUUGUCUAAAGAAAGAUCAUCGUACUACCAAAAUGUAAAGCGUAAUGCAGACAUCAAUAUGCGGCUAAAGCUAAGCGCUGGACUUGGAAGGGGGCGCACUGGUGAUAUCCCUCUGAAAACCAAUAACAAUUUGCCUUGGCUGGUCAAGGUGCCCACGCAAUCAGCGCAGCAAUUCAUCAGCGUUUGGGUUCGGAUCUUGCGCGAGGACAUUGUGAUGGAAAACCCGGAUGGCGACUUUCAGCCCCAGAAGAUACUGAUCUGCAUUUGGCCCAUCUUUGAGAUAUGCAAUAUGCUGAGUUGUGAGAUUCAGGCGAAUGAAAAUACAACCGGAGAGAGCUCCACUAUUGACGCCAAGGGCGGCAGAUGGGCUCUAAACACUGCGACCACUCAUGCCACAGAGCACACAGUUGGCUUCACAUUUCCGGGUGCCUUACGAGGCUCUUCCAAAGAUGAAUAUACACUAAUGCUAAGGACAAUGGACUGGCACAAGUUCUUUCACUACGAUCCCAAUGUCUGGACCAUUGAAAAUACCCUGUAUAAGCUGGGCAAGUCUGCGCAGCGCAAGUGGCCACUGAAUGAUGAGGAAGAACUGCGCGUGUGCCGGCAGUUGGCUUUUCAGAACUCCUUUGAUGUAAAAUACCGGACCAAGGCCACAAGAGAGUUCUCCUGCACCUUGGGACUGGAGGUAGCCGCCUGGGGCAUGUUCAUCAACGGAACCGGCUUGGACGUAAGCAUUUUUACGAUCCAUGAGCAGGCGCGAUUUGAGAUCAAAGCGAACAGUUUGGAAAUGAUGCCCAAACUCAGGAGUGCAUUCAGAAUUGAUGUGACCUUCGAGCAAGGCUGGAUCUCCUCAGCUCCGAUUUCUUUGGAAGAUUUUUCGCAAAAAACGGUUCAAAACGCCGGACGAUCAAUGUCUCUGCGAUGCAAUUCAUUUGUGGAUAUAGUAAUUGUGGAAAGGGAAGAGGUGCUGCGUCUGGUACUGGAAUACCGAAAGGAAGCCGAUGGACGUCGUCUGUUCAAAUUGCGAUCCAAAUUCGUGCUGGCCAACUUUACGGAUGUAGCUCUGAAUGUCCUACCUUUGGCCAUGGAUCACAAGGAGACUUCGACACGGGAAGAAGUAGAGGCUUAUACCAUUUCCAAAACAGCCCGUAGUCUUUUAUCAGCGGAUUCGACCAAGAACUGCAUUGGUACCGCGAUGGACGUUUUCUACGAUCUUAAUGUGCAUAAGGCCAAGCACAACUGUGAUACGGCAUUCGUGUAUUUUGUUUGCUUUAGCGUGGGUGGUAAUCGGGAGAUUUCCAUACCAAUUCCCUUGUCCAUACCCUUUACCAGACGCUGUUUCAGCUUGCAAGCGGGACACGAAUCCAUUCCGUUGAUGAUCACCCUAGUUGAGAAGGACAAUGUGCACUACUUAAACGUAUUUUGGGACACGGCGCCUGCGAUUGUCAUUAGUAACAACACGAAUGUCAAGUUUAUUGUGGCCCAAACAAGUGCAUCGGAGAAUAGCAAUGUGUCCUGCACAAAUUCCGAGUUCGUGGGAAGACACUUCGAGUGGAACCAGUUGGUGCUGCCCCACAGCAAAUGCUAUUACACCCCUCCGCAGAUGUACGCCAACUUUCCGGAUGUGGAGUUUACAAUGUGCAAUCUAUCCUUGGCGGUAUAUAAAGAUAAGCCCUGUGCGAAGAACAAAAUUGCCUGGUCGAAACCCGUUCGCACUGACAAGUCCUGGCAAAAAUUCCUGCAUGUUCCAAACCACGGCGAUGUGAAGGUCGUUGUCUGUGACAAGCAUCGUGCUAUUCGUCUGAACAUCUACUAUAUAGCUCAGCAGCUGGAGUUUUCGGUAAAAGACUUGCGAUCACGCCUGACAAAGCCAGAGAAGAGUUUGAUGCCAUCGGAGGAGCAGAAACUUCUGGAAUCCGAUGAAAAGUUGACACAAGAUUCGACCACACCUAAGGAGCCUUUGCCGGAUAUGGUUGCCUGCGCCCACUUUAGCGAGGAGUGCGAGACCAAACGGCAGACGAGGAUCAAAGUGUUCAUCAAGAGUUUUGUGUUCAGCCUGCAGACGGAUAGCCGAGAAAAUGACUUUCUGAAGACGGAAGUGUGUAAUAUCUACGCCGAUGACACGGUGAUAAUCUACGACGACGACGACGAGCAGCGGGAACUGCGCUUGCAGUUGCCAAAUCUCCAGGUGGACAACCAGUUGUACUCCAGUGGAAAGUACGAUUUUCCGGUGCUGCUCUGUGCAGAGAAGCUGUACAAGCGCAACUGCAGUCUGCCGCAGGUCUACGAUUUGGACUCUGUGUACCGGCAGCAAGCUCAGCGAACUCCCGUCUCUCUAUUCACAUUUGUAUUCUACCAAGAUGAAAUGCAGCUGCAGAAUGUGCGGUGCCAGAUUCCCCCUUUUCGGGUCUACAUCGAAGAUGCCUACCUGAAUCAGCUGCUGGAAGCACUGGUGGAGUGCGAACCGUCCCAUUGUGUGUAUAGUCCGCCUGUGGAACAGGAUCAAAUCCUGCUGCCUGUCGGAGCGACCCUUCUACCCGACCAAGUUGUGGCCCAGUCAUUGUACAUAUCGGAACCCUUGCGUCUGAAUAGUUUUACGGUGGAGCCGCUGAGUCUACUGCUAUCCGUCCACACUUCCUCGAGGCUCUACAUAGCCCUAGAUCACUCUCCCCUCUCCUUCUCCCGCUAUGAGCGCCAGCAAAUCCUUACCGUUCCCCUCCGCUUCGGACAAUCUCUGGGUCUGCACUAUCUCAGUGGGGCCAUCUUCGGAGCCGGCUGGGUCGUUGGAUCCCUAGAGAUUUUGGGCAGCCCCAGUGGGCUGGCCCGCUCGUUCAGCACUGGUCUUCGGGACUUUGUCUCCAUGCCCGUCCAGGGUCUCUUCCGUGGACCUUGGGGCUUCCUGGUGGGCGUGACCCAAGGGUCUGCCUCUCUGCUGCGCAACGUGACUGCAGGAACCGUGAAUUCAGUGACCAAAUUGGCCGGUUCCGUGGCCCGGAAUCUGGACAGGCUGACCCUGGACGCAGAGCACAUCGAACUGACCGAGGCCAGACGUAGGGCCAGACCCCAGGGAUUCGCCGAUGGGCUGACACAGGGUCUGACUGGCCUGGGUAUUAGUUUACUCGGCGCCGUCGGAGGAUUGGCCCAUCACACACUGGAGGCACGCAGUUCGGUUGGAGUCAUCGCCGGGCUGACCAAGGGCAUUGUUGGAGCCUUCACGAAACCCAUCAGUGGAGCUGCUGAAAUGCUAGCUCUAACGGGCCAAGGAGUCCUCCACACGGUGGGCUUCAAUGCCAUGCCUCAACAGGUGGAGCCCAGUUUCAUGCGCAACGUGGCCCUGCACGGCAGUUCCCAUCGCAUUUGGAGUUAUCUGCCCGAGGAGUUGAGCCGCGACCAGAUGCUGUUCUUUUGUGAAAUCACCCUGUUGGUCGGCACGCAAUUACGUCCAGCUUUGGUAUUCCUAACUUCGUCAGUAUUGGCCAUCUUACAAUCGGACAGCGAGGAACUGGCCUUCGCUUCCCCCGUUUCCAAGGUGGAUGCCGUGGCGGAUCGCGAAGAUCCCUCAAAACUCUACUUGAGCCUCAAAUCCGAGCGAAGCAAUGAUCUUGAGGGACAACUGAACUAUACCAAUGAGCGCAUAAUGAAGUUCCUGAAUGCAUCGCGACUUCAGAGCAUAGCCAACGAUUCGCUGAAUGAUCUGCUCCAGCUGCAGGAACAGGAUGUCGACGAUCGAAUCCAGCGGCAAUCGCAGUGCAUCUUCUAUAUUAAACCCAAUAUAGGUGAACACCUGAUCCACUACCUAAAGGUCAUAGGUCGGAUACAGCAUUGAUAGUAAGCCUGCAUCUUUGUGUUUGUCGGUGUAGUCUAAAGUAUUCCUAGAAUCCUUUGUAUUUUAUACCAAAAAUCAAAAGACAUUUUUUGUUACAUUUUUGCAAUAAAAAUUUAAAAAGUAUGA